UAGUCAGCUGUCAGUCGUCCAUCCGGAUUCCUCAAGUCGAAUAUUCAUCAUGAAGGUUGUGCUGAUUCUCGCUCUGGCGGCCUGUGCUGCUGCCAUGCCCUCUCGUCAGCCUGGCUUCGUCUACUCCUACGGCCAUCCAUUCGUCCACUCCUCCUACCCCGUCGUCAAUUCUGCAAAGGCCCAUACCCCCGCCAGCACCGUCUCCCUCGUCUACAACUACGGCCACAAUCUCCCCCAAACCUACACCUACCCUUACAACUUCCCGCACACCUUCCCUUACACCUUCCCCUACACCUUCCCCUACACUUACCCCUUCGUAGUCAAGGCUGACGAGGCCGUCGGGGAGGAACCUAUUACUGAGGAAGAAGCUGUAGGCAUGGAACAGCUUAUGGCCGAGGAGGGACUUAUGGCUGAGGAGGAACUUAUGGCUGAGGAAGAACUUAUGGCUGAGGAAAAAGCUGCAUCCGAUGAGGAACCUAUGGCUGAGGAGGAACUUAUGGCUGAGGAAGAACUUAUGGCUGAGGAGGAACCAAUGACUGAGGAGGAACCUAUGGCUGACGAAAAAGCUUCAACCGAGGACGAACCCGUCGCUCAGGAAUAAGACGACUCUCAGCAUCCUUCUUCACUUGGACUGGGAGGAGGAAUCGCGAGUCCUCGUAGCCUCGUCUAGCGAAGAGUUCGAAGGACUCGCUGAGCCUCCCCAGCUUCCCUUGCAAGCGAGAUCAGUAAGCUAGCCUUCGUUGCAACAGAAAAUGACAUUCUGAAAGUAUAUAUACCUCUAGUCUCGCUGACCCCGCUUUAUAGCCUGAUCUAGACAUUAAUAUGCGAUCUGGUGAUUUUUCAUCGCCUGAACUGGAUUUUCUAUGGGAUUAUUAUACAGGUUAUUGGUCUGC